CACGCUGUCUGUCAUUUUCACUUCUUCACUUAACCGACCGGAGAUCAGACCAGUGGAGAUAACUUGUCUUUGGUACUAUGCAAAGUUUCGUCGGAGUCUCCCACCUUUUGUCGGUUCUUCUGCUGCAGCUGGUACCAGCGCAGAUUUCACACCCUCCAGAAGAAGGUCACUCAAGAGUAAUGUCGUUCCAGGAGGUGUGGGCAAGGAGCCUGUGUCGGCCUAUGGAGCAGUUGGUGGAUGUGGAACAGGAGUACCCUGGAGAAGUGGAGUACAUCUACUUGCCUGCUUGUGUCCCACUUUCACGCUGCUCUGGUUGCUGUGGGGAUGAGAACCUGGAGUGCCAGGCUACCCUUGAGGGCAACAUCACUCUGCAGGUGAUGAGGAUUCAUCCCAUGAUAUCUAUGCAUCACGUAGAACUUACAUUUGUGGAGCACCAGAGAUGUGAAUGCAGACCCCGUCAGAAACAUGUGAAUGAUAAAAGCAGCAGUGAGUCUAUCAAGAACAGACCUCGGAGGAGGAAACACAAGAAGACAGCAAACGGCUGUGGCAAGUGCCAGUUCCUGCAAAACAAGAUAAAUCUUCACUGAUUCACAUUAUGCAGGAAUUACUUUAUCUGUGAAUUGAUCAUCUCUGACUAUUCUUCUGUCCAUGUAUCUUUCUUCAUCCAUGAAUCCAUCAGACUCUAUAUAGAGGCCAUGACAUUCUCUUAUUUUUUGAUUAAUUAUCAAAGCAAACAAAUUCUGUAAACGUCAACAGAUAACGGUAGGUGUUUUUGUGGGAGGAUUUAAAAAAACAGACAUAAGAUACAACAGAUUCAGAAUAGUUGAGACGAUGGGUGGAAUGCUGUAAGAUUAUCAGUUGCCAGGGGAAAGGAUUAAAGCCUCUAUUAACAGUCAGAUCAAUGGCAGCAUUCACUGAGGGGCUCAAAACCUUCUCCAUGACUUCAUGUUCAUUGUGACUUUGGCAGAGGGACUCCUGUUACAAUUCUCUCAAAAAAAGGACAUCAUGUAUAUGUGACUUUCUGUGAAGUGUUAUUUACUAAUUAUGGGACAUAAUGCGUUUGUAAGUUCACUUAAUAAAAUGCAGUCCAACUACAAGGACCCUCUGUGUUAUCUACAUUCACACUGGUAGACCAAUAGGAUGUUAAACAUGUGAGGACAUUGAAAACUCUGGCGAGGCUCUGUAGUAAGCACAUUGUUAACAAAGCACAAGGCGUUACUGUUAUCCAUUAAUUUGUAUUGCGUUCACAGGCUUGUGAGGUGAUAAAGGUGUGGUUAGAUUUAACAGCAAUGCUUCCUCAUUUGGUAUUUCACAUAUAAGGAUGAUCAGACUUGCCAGACAACUUUGUAAAGUGACAAAAAGUAUGCAAGCAUGAAAUGGUAUAACUUAAUCACAGACAGGACAUCAUUCAGGUUAUUUUAUAGGCUUCAAAUGAGUGCCUCCAGGUAAUGUUUUAAGUGUUUUGGACAACAAUCUAACCGAAUCUUGCUUCGUGAAAGCUUUCUCUUUCAGUAUAAAGGCUGCUCUUACUGUUUAA